AUGAGCAGGCAAGUAUGGAGCACACUCCGUGCUACUGUCGGCACGGCUUUCGCAGUGUGAGUGUACCUCUUUCUUCUUUAUGAAGUCUCGAUGGGGGCGACAAUUAACGUGGGGCAGGUGAAGCGACGUCACCCUGGCGUCCUGACUCGGACGGUGUAGCGGUACUGGCGACUUGCGCCUAAGAAGGACCGUAGCUGUUCACUGUAUGAAAAAUUCCCUCUGACCAAAGUUUUUGAUUGCAGUCAAGCUGUCUGCGCAUCCGUAGCGAUCCCGCUGCAGACCGAGAAGGUGAAAUGCGUCAUCAAGGCCGACGGAAGCGUCGCUGAUCUGAUGAACUCAGCAGAGACGUCAACUGACAUUACCCAGGAUUCAACAUCCAUAUUUUAUCUUAGUAUUAUGACCUGGCUGGAUCGGCAACGUUCAUUGGUUGCACUCUAGUGUCUCUGUGUAAGUCCGAUCUGUGGGAUCCAGCUUUUGCCUCUUGCCAUCGCUGCACGUGCCGGCGUUCGCUCACGUUAGGUUGUUACCCUUGAAGACUGGAGACCUUUACGAGCUGGUCUCCCCCUACCCUCCCCACUCACGUUCCAUCCACGCCAGAUUGUGAUGUCUGCGUUUUGCUGCAUCUGGGCCGGUCGACUCGGUUCCUUCUUGUUCCAGGUACGUCAUCGCACCGUUCCCGACGACUUUGACCGAGACGACUCACGUGACUCGGUUUUGUGCCUUCAAACUUUCCGUUUGACCAGAGAAUCCAACGAUCCGGCAGUGACUCGCGAUUUGAUGAGAUCAAAAAGUGAGCAUUCUCAUGUCGUUUUCGUUUCCCGAACAAAGAGCCUCGUGUUCACGGGCUUCGCCACUAUUUUCAGACAACCGACCAAGUUUGCCGGCGCGUGGGUUUUACAAGGCGUCUGGGUUUCACUCACCGCGUUUCCAGUGUUUUGUGUGAGUCACGUCACUGCACGGCGCCAGAUCAAGCAGUUCCGGAGUACUGAUCAUGCGCUAUAUGGAUGCAGGUCAAUGCGGUACCUGCCCAUCUGCAACCGCGCCUUGGCAUUCGAGACGCCAUCGCCUGUGCGCUGUGGUUGAGCGCUUUCGGUUACGAAGUGACCGCGGAUCGUCAAAAAUCGGCGUGGCGCGCCGCGAAGGAGGCGAAAGAGCACGACGAGAAAUUCAUCACCAGCGGUCUGUGGUCGCAAUCCAGGCACCCCAACUAUGUUGGAGAGGUGCUGCUUUGGGCUGCUCAAUUCGUUGGAUCCACCUCGGCGUUGUUGUCACCGGCCGUGGCCGGUCCCAUCAUCCCUCAUUGGUUGGGCUACCUCGCGGUCGCCAGCCCGAUGUUGGAAUACGCGUUGAUUCGCUACAUUAGCGGCGUUCCCAUGCUAGAGGUGCGUUAUCAUUCAUUGCAUUAGAUCUGCGUCCUCGCCGGAAGAGCUAACUAUUGCUGGCGUUGAUGUUCCCAUAGGAGUCUGGGGACAAAAAGUACGGCGACGAUCCAAGAUGGAAGGAGUACAAGCGGUAAGUCAAGGGCUCCCUAUGGGAUCGAGUCGCAUGCCUGAACUACUGUGAUUGAGCUUCACACCGCUCUAAUUCUUGUUACUAUAGCACGACACCUGUUUUCUUCCCUCGCCCCUGGUAG